CUCUCUCUCCCACCUCACAUCGCCUCGACGCGUCGAGGGCAGCGCAAUCACGCGCCAUUCGUCUGCCCUUGCCAGCGACACGCUCUCCUCCACAAACAUCGAUCGUGAAUAUCACCUUGGCCCAAAUUUGGCGCACACGCCAUGGCUUCCCUCGGACCGACGGCGCUGUCCAUGCGCUCCAGAGGCGUGGCCAAUGCCAAUGGCAACCUCGUCGCAUCCAACGACGGCUCUUACGCCUCCAGCUACGACUCGGUGCACGACAAAGCAGCGUCAAGACCGCCGCAACGAGCAGCUUCGUUGGCAGACAAGCGUCUAGGAGGCGCAUCAUCCCAUGCAGAUGCUCAUGCUCUCGAUGCUUCCCUCGCCCUGCCCAGCACCGAGGUGCUGCUGGUAGCUGGCGUCACCUUCAUCGCUUUGGUGGUCCGCACAUGGCACCUGAGCGCACCCAGCAGUGUUGUAUUCGAUGAAGUGCACUUUGGAGGAUUCGCGACGAAGUACAUCAAUCAGAGAUUUUUCAUGGACGUGCACCCGCCCUUGGGCAAGCUCCUUUUCGCGUUUGUUGCCUGGCUAGCUGGCUUCCGCGGCGAUUUCGACUUUAAAGAGAUCGGCAAGGAGUACCUCAUAGGCGAAGAUCACAGACCAGUGCCUUACGUGGCCAUGCGCCUGCUUCCAGCCCUCAUGGGCGUCGCUCUCGCUCCCUUGAGCUACUUGACGCUCCGUGCAUUGUCCUUGAGAGGCACCUCCGCCUUGGUGGGGGCGAUGCUCGUCACCUUCGACAAUGCGCUGACCACUCAGUCGCGCCUCAUCCUCCUCGAUUCGCCUUUGCUCUUCUUCACUGCCAUCACGACGUUCUGCUGGGUGUCUUUCUGCAUCGAGGACAAGCGUCGCACGUUUGGUCGAGAGUGGUGGGUCUGGCUCACUUUCACCGGCGCAGGUCUCGGUGCUGUUGCCAGCGUGAAGUGGGUCGGCCUCUUCACGAUUGCGACCAUCGGGCUCAAUACCAUUUUCCAGCUUUGGGCGCACUUAGGCGACGUCCGGCAGCCCAUGUCGCGAGUCGGGCAGCACUUUGCUGCGCGUGCAGCGUUGCUCAUCUUCUUGCCUUUCCUGUUCUAUCUCUUUACCUUUUCAAUCCACCUUGCCGUUCUUAAUCGUAGCGGGGAAGGCGAUGCAUUUAUGUCGUCUGGAUUUCAGCACACCCUCCGAGGCCAUUCGAUGCCCGACACGUACGCAGAUGUCGCCCUCGGAUCGACCGUCAGCAUCCGGCACAAGAACACGCAAGGGGGCUACCUCCAUUCUCAUCUGCACAACUACCCAGGCGGCAGCGGGCAACAGCAGAUCACUCUGUACCCGCACCGAGACGAGAACAACGAAUGGUACAUUGUCGGUGCGCCAGGCCCAGACGAUCCCCCACCACCUGUGGAUGCCGACGGAGUUCCCCUCAGCGUCGACGGACCACACGACAUUGAGAGGUACAAGACUGGACAGAUCGAAUUUCUCAAACACGGCAUGGAAGUCCGUUUGAUUCACCGCAAGUCAGACAAGCGCCUUCACUCUCACGACUCGAACCGUCCUCCCAUCACUGAAAGCGACUACCAGAACGAAGUCACUGGCUAUGGUUUCCCAGGUUUCCUCGGUGAUGCCAACGACAAUUGGCACGUCGAAAUUGAAAGCCAUGAACCUAGUGACCCUCGGUCUCGUCGCCGCGUCCGCGCUUUGCGCUCCACCAUCCGCUUCCGCCACACUUUGACCGGCUGCUAUCUUUUCAGUCACAAAAUUCCGCUUCCUGACUGGGGUUUCGGCCAGCAGGAGGUCACGUGCAACAAGAACCCUCAGAUGAGCAACAGCUUGUGGUUCAUAGAAACGAACACGCAUCCUCGCAUCGAAGACGGGGGCCUUUCUCCGGAGACAGCGCAAGAGCGCAGACGGCUAGGGAUUGACUUGGUAAACUAUCUAGCCCCGUCUUUCUGGGCUCGUUUCAAGGAGCUGCAGCGUGUCAUGUGGGAGACGAACGCUGGAUUGACUGAGCGUCACGCCUACGAUUCUCGUCCUUCGACCUGGCCCACGCUGCGGAGAGGAAUCAACUUCUGGGCGAAGGACCACAGGCAGAUUUACUUGAUCGGGAAUCCGCUAGUUUGGUACGGAGCGCUGGUUGCCAUCCUGGUAUACCUGGGCGCUCGAGCUGUCUUGAUGCUCAGGGCAAAGCGAGGAAAGCGGGACUUCAAUGAUUCCGCCAUCGUCUACUAUGAUCAAGUUUGUGGCUUUCUCUUCACUGGCUGGGCGAUGCACUACCUUCCCUUCUGGUUGAUGUCUCGCCAGCUCUUCAUCCACCACUACCUGCCCGCUCUCUACUUCAGCAUUCUACUCGUCGCAGCUGUCUUUGACGUCCUCACCUCGUCUCUGCGCCCCCGCUUCCGCUUGCAAGUGGCCGCAGUCUUCAUUGCGCUCACGAUAUUUGUCUUUAGCGUCUAUGCGCCAAUCACCUACGCUGGAGAAUGGACGGGCCGAGCUUGCGAGCGAAGUCGCCUCCAGAAGACGUGGGACUUCAAUUGCAGAGAGUUCCCCGACUCUGUCUCCAAGUAUGCAGACUUUGGACCUGCAGUACACACGGUCCCUCCCACACAUGCCGAGGCGAUCAACAUUACAGGCACCCAGAGCCUCAUCGACGCCGGACCUCAGGCAGGUUACCAUGCAUUUGAGCAGGCGCCACCAAAAGCAUUGUCCAGUGGUUCGGGCUUGAGCGGCAGUCUUGCGCCGUCAGUCGGAGAGCCUAUCGAAGCGGCCAAGGUUGUCGAUGCAGUUCCUCCUGAGCCUGCUGCAGCGGUGCCUCAAGGCACCGAAAGCGCCGUCGCGGACGAUAGCAAGGCAGCUCUCGAGGCUUCGAUCAAGGCGGCGGAUGCUGCACUCAAGGUGGAGGGACUCGAUCAGGAGGGUGUGGAGGCUAUCGUUCUCGAAGGCACCGCCGCUGUCAAGGCAAAUGCCCCGGUCGAGGCUGCUCCGGCCAGCGUCUCGGAAGCUGCAAAGCCAGAUGUCAACGCACCUGGAGAGAUGGGGGAUCCGGUCGACAUUGCGAAAGAAGAAGGCGUGUAAAAGAGCUUCCAUUUGGAAUGCCGCUGCGUUCGACAUCCUCAAGCGAACCCAGUCGCUCGAGUGACAUGCUUGAGGGCGAGAGGCCGCAAAGGACCUGCACACAUACAAAUACAAUUUGACGAGAUUCAAAGCGCUCUGUCUCAAUGUUCGAUACACAUGAUGCUUGAUUCAGCUUUCUGGCUGCCCUCCGUCGGUCUCCAAUAGGUUUGUCCCCCUCUCUCGAGUUGCCCAGCUGACGCCAUAGUGCUCGAGCAGGAUCUCCAGCUCUUCCACCUCAUCCAGGCCUUCGAGUCGGGACCAUCUGUGGGGCGAGCACUUGCCUGCGUCAGCCUCGCCAAGACUCGCGAGCGAGCUUCUAUCGAGGUUG